AUUAUGUCUCUUGUUUAGCUAUAGAAUUUUAGAGAUAUGGGGAAACAUAUUUUAGAAGGUCCACUUUUGGACUCUCCUCCUCCUCUUGGUUCUAAUAGAAAGAAAAAAUGGAGUCUUUCUCUUUGCUUUUUAUUUGCAUUCAUUGCCAUAACAUUUGUUGGGCUUACACAUCAUGGAGACAUUGGUGUAUGGCUAAUUGGAGAUGUAAAUAGUAGCAGAUAUAAUGAAAGACUACAGCAAAAUGCUGAUGUUGUUGAAUCAGAGGAAGCAGUUGUUGCUGCUGAUGAUGGUCGGUGCUCGAAAAUCGGUAUUUCCAUGCUUAAAAUUGGUGGACAUGCAGUUGAUGCUGCAGUUGCCACAGCACUGUGCCUUGGAGUAGUCAAUCCAAUGGCUAGUGGAAUUGGCGGUGGCGGUUUUAUGGUUGUUAGAUCUUCAUCUACAUCAGAAGUCUUAGCAAUUGACAUGAGGGAAACUGCUCCUUUAGCUGCUUCACAGAACAUGUAUGAUAAUAAUGGGGACUCCAAGUUAAAUGGAGCAUUGUCUAUGGGAGUUCCUGGUGAGCUAGCUGGUCUUCACGCAGCUUGGUCGAAAAAUGGGAGGUUGCCCUGGAAGACCCUAUUUCAACCAGCCAUUAAACUUGCAAGGGAGGGAUUCGUGGUUGCUCCAUAUCUCGGAAACUCUAUUGCUACAAAAGCAAAAUUGCUACUUAAAGAUCCUGGCUUGCGACAAGUCUUUGCACCUGAGGGAAAGCCGUUACGAGCAGGUGAAAUUUGUCAUAACAUAGAACUUAGCCACAGCUUAGAGCUAAUUGCUGAACAAGGGCCAGAAGCAUUUUAUAACGGAGAGGUUGGUGAAAAGCUUGUCGAAGAUGUGAAGAGAGCAGGUGGAAUUUUGACGAUGGACGACUUAAGGAAUUACCGAGUGGAAACUCCAGAAGCAGUUACUGUUAAUGCUAUGGGCUAUACAAUCGUUGGGAUGCCACCUCCGUCCAGUGGAACACUCGGGAUUUCUCUGAUUCUUAAAGUCCUUGAAAACUAUGUGAGUUCAAAUGCUGUGAAAGGUUCUUUAGGACAGCAUCGAAUGAUUGAGGCGAUGAAACACAUGCUUGCAGUUCGAAUGAACCUUGGUGAUCCCGACUUUGUAAAUAUCAGUAGUACCGUAUCUGACAUGCUUUCCCCGUCUUUCGCCAAAGAAAUUCAACGAAAGAUCUUUGACAAUACCACCUUUCCUCCUGAAUACUAUUUGCCCAGGUGGGGUCAGCUAAGAGAUCAUGGAACGAGUCACUUUUGCAUUGUGGAUGCAGAUCGAAAUGCUGUAUCAGUGACAACCACAGUAAACUAUCCAUUUGGAGGCGGUGUGCUCUCUCCAUCAACCGGUAUAGUACUCAACAAUGAAAUGGGAGAUUUCUCAACACCUAAUGAAAUAUCCCCCGAUAAACUCCCUCCUGCUCCUGCUAAUUUUAUUCGACCAAAAAAGAGACCGUUAUCAUCCAUGACUCCAGUUAUCGUUCUCAAGGACAAUCAAUUAGCUGGUGUAAUUGGUGGUAGUGGUGGCCUAAAAAUCAUCUUUGCAGUCGUCCAAGUUUUCAUCAACCAUUUUGUGUUAGGGAUGGAUCCUUUAGCUGCAGUACAGAGUCCGAGAGUCUACCACGAGCUAAUCCCAAAUGUUGUUCUGUAUGAGAACUGGACAUGCAUAGAUGGCGAUCACAUUGAACUCUCGGAUGAUAAAAAGCAUUUCUUAGAAGAGAGAGGUCACCAACUCGAGGCAAGAAGCGGAGGAGCCAUCUGUCAGUUAAUCGUUCAAAACCUUCCAAAUCCUCCGUUACAGUUAGGCAGAAGGAGUGGAAAACAAUAUAAAGACGGUAUUUUUCGUGGUCUGCUUGUGGCUGUUAGUGAUCCUAGGAAAGAUGGAAGACCUGCAGCCAUCUGAUGAACUCAUCUUGCUUGAUUUGUGCAUUUGAAUCAGUCUAUUAUUUGUAGAUAAUGUUCGAAAACUGGCUAAAUACCACAUUUUCCGGAGAAACAGUUUUUUAGCUGUGAUUUCUUUCCAUAUGUCCAAAUCUUGGUAAACAGAGUUACCUCAUAGACAACAUGUACUCGGUGAAACAGUCGAGGUGUAUAAUAUGAAAUAUUCAUAGGAGACUGAAUGAAG